CUAUCCCAUUUAGGUCCAAUUAAACAACAAAUAAACAAGAAACAUCUUCAAAUUAAUGAAAUACGAACAAAUGAAACAUUGCUUCAUUGUUUUAUGUAAUAAUGUAUAUCUUUGAUUCUUUAUAUAAUCAUUGUUUUAGGUUUGGUCCAUAACACACAACAAUGAUGAAAAGUUACAUUUUUCUUGUUGUGAACUUGGCACUUCAACUUUCAUCAACAUUCUCCCAAAAUAAAAAUGGGAUAGAGAUAGUGGAUCUUAGUGAAGGCGAGGACAUCAUGGAGGCAAACAGGGAUUUAUUACAUGAUGAUAUUCUGAAGAGACCGAACAAACAAAGGAGUGCAAUCACCGAUGAGACACGACUGUGGACAUCCCCAGUACCAUAUCUCCUGAAUAAAGACCUGGAGUUGAACGCUAAAGGCAUCAUCCUGAAAGCUUUUGACCAGUUCAGGCUGAAGAGUUGUAUGGACUUCAAACCGAGGGACUCGGAAGAAAUUUACAUCUCUGUCCAAAAGUUAAACGGAUGUUUUUCAUAUAUUGGGCAAAACAGUGUACCCGGAGGACAAAAUCUUUCCAUUGGAGCAUUCUGUGAUAGCGUUGACAUCGUUGAACAUGAGUUCCUUCACGCUUUGGGCUUCUACCAUGAGCAAUCCAGAAAUGACAGAGAUGAUUAUGUGACCAUCCUAUUCGAGAACAUCGAAGCAGGUAGGGAGUUCAACUUUCAAAUUAGUCAAGAAAUGACCACAACCCACGGAGUCCCAUACGACUACUUGUCAGUGAUGCACUACGACAAAAAUGCAUUCAGCAAAGGAACCGGGCCAACGAUUAUCACCAAAGACCCCAAAUUUCAGGAUGUUAUUGGUCAAAGACGGGAAUUGAGUCCCAGUGACGUUUUGGAGCUGAACCUUCAGUACAAAUGCAACACGACGAUUGCUUCAAGGAUGUACUGUGACUUCUCUAAUGGGACCAUGUGUCAAAUGAACCGAUGCUCAAAGGGGGGCAGCAGCUGGGAAAUGGUAACGAAUGUUGUCGGCGGUCCAAGUUCUGACCACACCAAUCUACCAAGUGGAAGGGAUUCUGGGGUUGUGGGGUACUUCAUGCAUGCCAGCACAGCAUCAGCUCAAGAAGGAGACUCGGCCUGGCUACAGACCCAAGAGAUGAGACCCAAUAGGGAAUGUCAUGUCCAGUGUCUCCAGUUCUACUAUUAUCACAGUGGAAACAGAUCAGACCACCUCAACAUCUGGAUCAGAGAGUUUCAGGAUGAGCAGGACCCCUCAGGAACACGCCGCCUUAUGGGACAGAUCACUGGUUCACCAACAUCGUACUGGCAAAUUAAGCAUGUUUCCUUAAAUGCCACCAAGCGAUUCCAAGUGGAGUUUGAGGUUCGUAAAGGAGCAGGAAGCUCUUCAGGUGGCUUCUCCAUCGACGACAUCAAUCUGUCCGAGAUCGAAUGUCCCCAUGUGACCAUGCAGAUCGAUGAUUUUGAGAACAUUUUGAAGACCACACAGACCCUGUACAGUGCACGGCACUACUCCAGUGAAGGCUAUGCUUACAGGUUUUUGAUUCAGCCGGACAAUGGAACCGUCGGUGUGUUCAUGCAACUCUUGUCUGGUGUAAAUGAUGACAAGCUGGAGUGGCCUUGUCAACGAAGGCAGGUGACCUUCAAAAUGCUGGAUCAGAAACCCAAUAUGCAGCUGCAGAUGUCAAAGCAAAAGAGCUACACCACUGACUCAAGACAAUUCAGUGAUGGUAACUUUUAUUGGGGCAAUCCUCGUGAGAUUGGAUAUCAACUUGUAGAUGGAUAUGGUGAGACCUUUUUUGCCGGAACAGCAUAUGGCUACAAUGGUUUUACUGAUUCCAAAGAGGUGAAAACCAGUGACUUCCUCAAGGGAGGGAGUGCAGUUUUUGUCUUCAGCUUCCAAGAUCUCUCUCCUCUUGUUAAAGGAAAUACUUUACCAUGUCCUAAGGUGGAAACAAUGGACAUCAUAAAUGCUCCUGGAGAUCAGGAUGAUGGCACAUGCUCAUCUCGGUACGGCAUUAUGAAAUCAAUAUAG